CCGGCCUCGCCCGCGGGCCCGCGCCGCCCUCCGGGCCUCCGACUCCCAGAAACACACCAGAGACCGAUUGAUUGUGGCCGGGUUUUGGGUGGCAAAAAGGGAAAAUGGCGAACGACUCCCCUGCAAAAAGUCUGGUGGACAUCGACCUGUCCUCCCUGCGGGAUCCGGCUGGGAUUUUCGAGCUGGUGGAAGUGGUGGGAAAUGGCACCUACGGACAAGUCUAUAAGGGUCGCCAUGUUAAAACAGGUCAGCUGGCAGCCAUCAAAGUUAUGGACGUUACUGAGGAUGAAGAGGAGGAAAUCAAGCUGGAGAUAAAUAUGCUGAAGAAAUAUUCUCAUCAUAGAAAUAUUGCAACGUAUUACGGUGCUUUCAUUAAAAAGAGCCCCCCAGGACACGAUGACCAACUCUGGCUUGUUAUGGAGUUCUGCGGGGCCGGGUCCAUCACAGACCUCGUGAAGAACACCAAGGGCAACACGCUCAAGGAAGACUGGAUAGCCUACAUCUCCAGGGAGAUCCUGAGGGGACUGGCGCAUCUCCACAUCCAUCACGUGAUUCACCGGGACAUCAAGGGCCAGAAUGUGUUGCUGACCGAGAACGCAGAGGUGAAGCUUGUGGAUUUCGGUGUGAGUGCUCAGCUGGACAGGACCGUGGGGAGGAGAAACACCUUCAUAGGCACCCCGUACUGGAUGGCUCCCGAGGUCAUCGCCUGUGACGAGAACCCCGACGCCACCUAUGAUUACAGGAGUGACCUGUGGUCCUGCGGCAUCACAGCCAUUGAGAUGGCAGAAGGCGCUCCCCCUCUCUGUGACAUGCAUCCCAUGAGAGCACUGUUUCUCAUCCCCAGAAACCCUCCUCCCCGGCUGAAGUCCAAAAAAUGGUCAAAGAAAUUUUUUAGUUUUAUAGAAGGGUGCCUGGUGAAGAAUUACAUGCAGCGGCCCUCCACAGAGCAGCUUCUGAAACAUCCUUUUAUCAGGGACCAGCCGAAUGAAAGGCAGGUUAGAAUCCAGCUUAAGGACCAUAUAGACCGGACCAGGAAGAAGAGAGGAGAGAAAGAUGAAACUGAGUACGAGUACAGCGGGAGUGAGGAGGAGGAGGAGGAGGCGCCGGAGCAGGAGGGGGAGCCCAGCUCCAUCGUCAACGUGCCUGGCGAGUCCACGCUGCGCCGGGACUUCCUGAGGCUGCAGCAGGAGAACAAGGAGCGCUCCGAGGCCCUGAGGCGGCAGCAGCUCCUGCAGGAGCAGCAGCUCAGGGAGCAGGAGGAAUACAAGAGGCAGCUGCUGGCGGAGAGACAGAAGCGGAUCGAGCAGCAGAAGGAGCAGCGGCGACGGCUGGAAGAGCAACAAAGGAGAGAGCGGGAGGCCAGGAGGCAGCAGGAGCGCGAGCAGCGGAGGCGGGAACAGGAGGAGAAGAGGCGGCUGGAGGAGCUGGAGAGACGGCGGCAGGAGGAAGAGGAGCGCAGGCGGGCGGAGGAGGACAAGAGGAGAGUCGACCGGGAGCAGGAGUAUAUCAGGCGGCAGCUGGAAGAGGAGCAGCGGCACCUGGAACUCCUUCAGCAGCAGCUGCUCCAGGAGCAGGCCAUGCUACUGGAGUGCCGCUGGCGGGAGCUGGAGGAGCAGCGGCAGACGGAGCGGCUCCAGAGGCAGCUGCAGCAGGAGCAAGCCUAUCUCCUGUCUCUGCAGCAUGAGCCCCGGAGGCCGCCCCCGCCGCCGGACAGGAGCAAGGCCGGCCUGCACGGCGCCGAGCCCAAGGCCCAGCACGAGCCCGCCGACCGGGCCCGCGAGGUGGAAGAUAGAUUUAGGAAAACUAACCACAGCUCCCCUGAAGCCCAGUCUAAGCAGACAGGCAGAGUAUUGGAGCCACCAGUGCCUUCCAGAUCAGAAUCUUUUUCCAAUGGCAACUCCGAGUCUGUGCACCCUGCCCUGCAGAGACCAGCCGAGCCACAGGUACAGUGGUCCCACCUGGCAUCUCUCAAGAACAGUGUUUCCCCUGUCUCGCGAUCCCAUUCCUUCAGUGACCCUUCUCCUCCCAAAUUUGCACACCACCAUCUUCGCUCUCAGGACCCAUGUCCACCUUCCCGCAGUGAGGUGCUAAGUCAGAGUUCUGACUCUAAGUCGGAGGUACCCGACCCCGCCCAAAAGGCUUGGUCUAGAUCAGACAGUGACGAGGUCCCUCCAAGGGUUCCUGUGAGAACGACGUCCCGGUCCCCCGUCCUGUCCCGUCGGGAUUCCCCACUGCAGGGCAGUGGGCAGCAAAACAGCCAAGCAGGUCAGAGAAACUCCACCAGCAGCAUUGAGCCCAGGCUGCUAUGGGAGAGAGUGGAGAAGCUGGUGCCCAGGCCUGGCAGUGGCAGCUCCUCGGGGUCCAGCAACUCAGGAUCCCAGCCCGGCUCCCACCCUGGGUCUCAGAGCGGCUCCGGGGAGCGCUUCAGAGUGAGAUCGUCAUCCAAAUCUGAGGGCUCGCCAUCUCAGCGCCUUGAAAAUGCAGCAAAAAAGCCUGAAGAUAAGAAGGAAGUUUUUAGACCUCUCAAGCCCGCUGACCUGACGGCCCUGGCCAGAGAGCUCCGAGCGGCGGAAGACGUGCGGCCGCCGCACAAGGUGACAGACUACUCGUCGUCCAGCGAGGAGUCCGGGACGACGGAUGAGGAGGACGACGACGUGGAGCAGGAAGGCCCCGAGGAGCCCACCUCGGGGCCGGAGGACGCCCGAGCCGCGUCAUCUCUGAACUUGAGCAACGGUGAGACGGAGUCUGUGAAAACGAUGAUCGUCCACGACGACGUGGAGAGUGAACCAGCCAUGACCCCGUCCAAGGAGGGCACCCUGAUUGUCCGCCAGAGCGCAGUUGACCAAAAGCGCGCCAGCCAUCAUGAGAGCAAUGGCUUUGCCGGUCGCGUUCACCUCUUGCCAGAUCUCUUACAGCAAAGCCAUUCCUCCUCCACUUCCUCCACCUCCUCCUCCCCAUCCUCCAGCCAGCCGACACCCACCAUGUCCCCACAGACACCCCAGGACAAGCUCACUCCUAACGAGACUCAGUCCGCUAGUAGCACACUCCAGAAACACAAAUCUUCCUCCUCCUUUACACCUUUUAUAGACCCCAGAUUACUACAGAUUUCUCCAUCUAGUGGGACAACAGUGACUUCUGUGGUGGGAUUUUCCUGUGAUGGAAUGAGAUCGGAGGCCAUAAGGCAAGAUCCUACCCGGAAGGGCUCAGUGGUCAAUGUGAAUCCCACCAACACUAGGCCACAGAGCGACACCCCAGAGAUUCGCAAAUAUAAGAAGAGGUUUAACUCCGAGAUUCUGUGCGCUGCCUUGUGGGGAGUGAACUUGCUGGUGGGCACAGAGAGUGGCCUGAUGCUGCUGGACAGAAGUGGCCAAGGGAAGGUGUAUCCUCUGAUCAACAGAAGACGAUUUCAACAGAUGGACGUCCUGGAAGGCUUGAAUGUCUUGGUGACAAUAUCUGGCAAAAAGGAUAAGUUACGUGUCUACUAUCUGUCCUGGUUAAGAAAUAAAAUACUUCACAAUGAUCCGGAAGUUGAGAAGAAGCAGGGUUGGACGACCGUGGGAGAUUUGGAAGGAUGCGUCCACUAUAAAGUCGUAAAAUAUGAAAGAAUCAAGUUUCUGGUCAUUGCUUUGAAGAGUUCUGUGGAAGUGUAUGCGUGGGCACCCAAGCCAUAUCACAAAUUCAUGGCCUUUAAGUCGUUUGGAGAUUUGGUGCAUAAGCCAUUACUGGUGGAUCUCACUGUUGAGGAAGGCCAGAGGUUGAAAGUGAUCUAUGGGUCCUGUGCUGGAUUCCAUGCUGUUGACGUGGAUUCAGGAUCAGUCUAUGACAUUUAUCUACCAACACACAUCCAGUGCAGCAUCAAACCCCACGCAAUCAUCAUCCUCCCCAACACGGAUGGAAUGGAGCUUCUGGUGUGCUAUGAAGACGAAGGGGUCUAUGUGAACACCUAUGGAAGGAUUACCAAGGAUGUGGUUCUGCAGUGGGGAGAGAUGCCAACGUCUGUAGCGUAUAUUCGAUCCAAUCAGACGAUGGGCUGGGGAGAAAAGGCCAUAGAGAUCCGGUCUGUGGAGACCGGCCACUUGGACGGUGUGUUUAUGCACAAAAGGGCUCAAAGACUGAAAUUCUUAUGUGAACGCAACGACAAGGUGUUCUUUGCCUCGGUCCGGUCCGGGGGCAGCAGCCAGGUGUACUUCAUGACGCUGGGCAGGACCUCUCUUCUGAGCUGGUAGGAGUGGCGGGCGGGGAUGCCGGCCCCGGAGUCAUCGAGAUGAGAACCUGGAAUUCCUGGCAACUGGAGCUCGGAGCCGCCCAGGCCGCGUGGGCGGGGGUCUCCUCUCCUCUCCCGCCCGCUCUUACCAGUUCAUCCCCACUCUCUUCUUGUCCUGUUCGAAAUAAAUCAAGGCUGCAACGCAGCUGGUGCUGUUGAGACUCUACCAUCAGGUGCUAUCGGUGUUGGAAUCAAGCAUCAGGCAGAACGCAAACGCCUUCCCUCCAGCUCCAGAAUUCCUCGUCUGUGACUCUGUCCCGGGGUGUCUGCAGGUGGAGAACAGACACGCCGGCGGGUGGUUAGAAGUGGGCACAGCGGGUGUAAAGUGUGCUCGGACGAGCAGGUCACUGAAGCCAAGAGCAGAUUUAAUAUAGUAACAUUAACAAUGUAUUUAAUUGACAUUUCUUUUUUGUAAUGUGACCAUAUGUGGACAAAGAAGAAGGUGCAGGUUUAAGAAGUUAAUAUUUAUAAAAUGUGAAAGACACA